GAAAAAACGAACACCACCCUAGAUUUUAUGGGAUAUUCAUGGUCCAUAAACAUGCGGAAUAUUGAAUUGUUGGAAAUUUAGAGAUAUGAUUGCUUUCAUGCUCUCUCUACCUUCGAUGAAUCUCUAUUUGGAUUACUCUUCCUAACAGAGCACUACUCCGCGCCAGUCACUUUUAACUGGGCCUACUUGCCUAGGUCGCGAGUCCAUAUAUAUCCGCCCUCGAAUUUUUGUACAACUUUUCGAUAUGGCAUUACUACAGUCUUCUUUGAUAUGGAUAGUAUAUGCGAUCGUUGUUGUCAUACUCAUCGCCGUGGCGUCCAUUUUCUUUUACACCUACCAGACCCCUCGUGAAAGGUCGGCAUCUGUCACGACGGCAUGCAUAUUCACCCUCACAGCUUUACUAGCAACAGUUCUUUUACUACCAGUCGAUGUGGCUUUGGUGUCUUCUACCAACUUGCCCAAGGAAGGGAGACGAAAGUCCUGGGCGACGCAGGAUGAGGUCGACAAGAUUACCUUUUCCUUAACAGUUACUUAUUACUUCCUUUACUCUCUCGACGCGGUGCUUUGUCUAGUGGUGGUGCCUUUCACAUACUUCUGGUAUGAAGAAUAUGAUGAAGUAGCAACUGAAGAGGGUUUGCAGAGUUGGAGGAAAAGAUUCUGGGGUGCUUUCAAAUACACUAUAGCUUUUAUUCUGCUAACAGUUAUCCUAUUUCUGGUUGGAUUCUUCGUACCUGUGGCACGAAACAGGGACGCGCCAAAUUUUGAUCUCGACUACUUCAAAAAAUUGCUCACAGAAAAUCAUGGAGAACGAGCAUUAACCUUUGCGCUUGGUUUGCUCAUCACAAUCGGGAUUUUGGUGUACGUCUUGUAUACAUCUGCCGGCCUGGCCUUGCUCCCCGUCACUUUUAUCAAGUCGGCUCCAGCCAUUUCCAGUCCAACUCUCAGUGCCAACACAGCGUCACGCCUGGAGGAGAAUAUAGAACGCCAGCGCCAGCUGGAAGGCCGCUGCGGUGGAGAUCCAGAUCGACUACCUUCGAAACAGCGAAGAGAACUCGAUUCCUUGGUGCGCGAAGAGCGGACCUUACGACGAAGGCAGCGCUUAUCAGAGGAAGCUCGCCGGGAAAGGGGAAGUUGGCUCCUGAAAGCAUGGUUUAAGAUUUCGGCCGUCUUCCGCCCACUUAAACUUCUGGGUGGCCUUCUUUUACUUGCUAUUGCUAUGUUGGUGUGGGUCUCUAUGCUCCUAACCAGUAUCGAUAAGGUGAUGAAUUCUGUAUGCAAACAGCAUUGUGGCUAUAUCCUCGGGAAAAACAACAUCUUCAAUCCGGUGAACUGGGUAUUUGUCCAGUCUGCCAAGGUUUUUCCGGUUGACUACAUCCUCUUCAUCCUCCUGGUCCUCCUCUUCUUCUGCAGUUCUGUCGUUGGAAUUGCCACCAUAGGAGUACGCUUUUUAUGGGUCAGAAUAUUUCAGGUCCGAAAAGGCCACACGUCUCCGCAGGCGCUCCUUAUCGCGACGGUGAUGCUGACCCUGAUCGCACUUGCACUCAAUUACUCCAUCUCGAUGGUUGUCGCUCCACAAUAUGCAACGUACGGCCCGCAGACCUUCUGUGACCACCCACCUAAGCACCCCGGGGAACAGCCAGACUGUACUGACCUUGAACCCCUAAUCAAGCCCUGCUCAGAACUAGCGGAGAACCCCUCCGCCAAGGAAAUCUGUACACCCACGGUCGUCACUACAUUUUUGAACCGUAUCACGUUGAAUUUCCCGGUUUUCGGUAUCGUCUAUUUCUGGGCGCAAUUCGUCUUUCUCGGAUUCUCUCUCCUUAUCUUCCUUACCACGAUAAUCCGGACUCCAAAGUUGGAUGAGCAGCAACUCGAUGAGGACAUGGAAGAAGCAGAGGAAGAAGGCUUGUUGGCAAGUACAGGGAGGAGGUUUGGAGCCACAUGGGAAGAUAUAACAGGGCGAGCGAGCCGAUCGCCCCAAGUUUCCGGCUCCGCCGGUCGAGGAACCCGUGAAUGAAUGGAAACGGUGGUAGAAAAGGAGAAUAUUGAAUAUGCCGAGCAUUUCUUGCACUUCUGUUCUCGGAUAAAUCUCGUUUGUAUUUGUAUUGUUGGCGACUAGUUCAAACUUUGGAGAUGUGAUAGUACGCUAGAAAUCAUCUCAUGUGGUUUCCCAUACCUGAGUAACAAUACAGCUUUGGAUGGUUUGGUCAAGGACAGUUUAAGGUUGGGUUGGAUGGUAAAUUAUGCGGCGGAAGACAUGUAAAUUUUCUCACUAGUACGGUUAUGGGUUAUUUCACUUGGUUGGCUGGGAAGUUAUUUAUUAGGCAGAGUUUUAGGCUUGGGUUUCCCAAGGUAUUUUCAGGCUAGGAUCAGAAGUGCGGUACAGAAACACGCAGAUAUUUGACUCAUUGUUUAGCUCUAGAGCUCAAAAGGGUGGUCUACAUUAUUUCGUACGUUAGGUUUUCGUUGGAUAUCGACAUGAAUCAGAUACUGAACCUAGCAAGAAAAAAAUUGUACAACGUAGUGAAAGAAAGCAACAAAUCGCAGAGAAAAAUCAAACAUGAAACCCCAAAACUCUACUCAGCCAACGUCAGGAAAUAGAAAACGAAACAUCAUGAUUUAUCCCUCUCAAACUUAACCUUCCUAUGAGCUCUCUCCUCCGAAUCUCCCUCUUCAACAUGCACCUCUCGCCAACAACGAGCGCAAUACAACAAUUCCAGCUCGCAGUCAAUGCAUUUUAUGCUAGCAUCAUCGCUGCAGAUACAACACCAAAAUGGCUUCAGGUUAUCACUGAUGUCCUUCCAGCGCCGACUGCGUUGGCUGCUAGUGAUGUGGAUAGGGUUUUCCGCAGGCACGAAUGUAGGCGCAGAGGGGAGCUCUGGUGAAUUAGGGUCGGGAUUGGGCUGAGGUUCCUGAGGUGGUGGGGAGCGGAGUGCUGAUGGGGUUGAAGGAAGAUCAAGGAUUGAUGUUAGGAAGGUUGAGUGUGGUGGUUUAGUUGUCUCAGUGUCCGAUUCCGUAUUUAAUACGGCUUGUUUUAUGUUCCCUGCCGCAUACCGAGUUGAUAGGUCUUCUGUCUCUGUCCCCGGCGAGUCCGCCAUUUUUAGUUCAUCAAGAACCCUUUGGAGAUAAUCAUCAGCGUCUUUAUCUUCCGAACUGUGGUCCCUAUACUGAGAAGAAGAAUCCAAAAACUGUUUGGAUUUCUUGAUUAAAUUUUCAACAUCCUCCCCGUUGUCCACCUCCCGGGACUGCUCCCAGAUCUUGCUCUGGAGGUCUGAAAGUAAACCUUCUAUUUCAUCCCCGGAGUUGAUAAAGGAAUCCAGAUCGCCUUGCUGGAGCUCAGAUUUUCCAAACGAAGUGGAUGUACCAAGGCCAAUGAAUCGUGCAGACAAAUCAACGCUUGGUUGAUCGUCCACGUCUGUGUCCGAUAGUUCAAAUGGAAGGCUAUACAGCGUCAAUCAGAACCAUUAUUCUGUACAACUAGAUUAAACUGCUAGAGUGUUUACGAACGUUGUUCGUCCCAGCUGGACGGUGGAAGGUUUUAGAGCGUUUAAGCGCUCCAAAAGCGCAGCAUCAUCUUUGGAUGGUUUACUCUCCAUAAUUCAUAUAUGGUAUCCACAGUAUAUAGUAUAGCAGGCCGAACAGCAAGCAGAAGCAAUUGCAGAGUCAGGAUAGCACAAGACAAGUCGACUGGCAGAAUAACUCAAGGCGGUGAGCCGCCACCUUGGGCAAAGUCUUGGCGGAACAAGCCAAUCGAACCCUGUGUACUCCGUACUGUACUAUGCUCGAGUAGAGUAGCUACGGAUAUCCAGGAUACUGCUUUUAAUCCACCCGGAGGAGUGCAAGAGCAUCUUCAAAAGCUCUCACAACAUUCGCAUCUGCAGGGCAGGGUGUCAGUAUGUAUUGUAUUGUUUUCCGGCGGCCCAUGACCAUACAGUGUUUCUUUUUUUCUUCCAAUUUAGCUUCAGAAUUCUGGGCAAACCCCAUUCGUGUUUUGAACCUUGCCAAAUAGAUGGGUUAGCUUCUUCAUGUCUUCGCGGGAGGUAUCUUAGGACAGAACCUACCUCUUGUAUGCUCUAUCUUCAUCACGGUAGGCUGUCGUUUGUGACCAGGCGAUGAACAUCUGCCGUAUAUCGUUAAUGUCUACUGUGUCUCUGGAGAAGAAAAU